AUGAAGAAUGCAGUCAUGAGUGACGAGAAUAGGGUGUCCAACCUUAGACAGCCCAGUGUGCGAAUUACACGAGCACGGGCAAAAGCCUUGGGCUCAUCAAGUGGAUUGCCACCUUUACACCCUUCAUUCAAACAAGAUGACAAGCCUGUGUUGCGGGCACACUUGAAGAGAGCAGUGUCAGAUAACAAGAAACCAUCAAGUGCAGCUGCUUGUGCGCCGCAUAAGAAAAGGGCUGUUCUUAAAGAUGUAACUAAUAUUGCCUGUGAUGAUUUGUACAUAAACUGCAUAAAUGCAGCCAGAGUUCAGCCUAGCAGGACGAACAGAAAUGAUCCGUCACAUAAGAAGGGAAAGGUGGGGACUCCUUGUUUUCCUAAAAAGUCAGAGGCUCCAGGAGAUAGAAGAGAAAAUAUAAAUGAUGAAGUCAAAGUAGAUGUAGUAAAAUCUCAAGAGAACUCCACAAGGAAUUUGACAACUGAACCAACCAAAAUUGUUAAUGCGAAUAUGAUGGAUGUAGCAGGUCUGAUUUCUACCAUGACAGAUUCCAGUAAAAGCGUCCCACUAACAAGUUCAAUGAGUAGAGAAGAUGCCAUGCUUUGCAUGGAAAAGGAGAGCUUGGAAGACAGUGGAAUUACCGACAUAGAUUCAAAACACAAGGAUCCACAGAUGUGUAGCCACUAUGCAGCUGAUAUAUAUUCUGCUAUGUAUAUAAGACAGAUUGACCGGAGGCCUUUGGCUGAUUAUAUGGAAAAACUGCAACGAGAUAUUACUGAGGGUAUGAGGGCUAUACUGAUUGAUUGGCUUGUUGAGGUUUCUGAAGAAUAUGGGCUGAUGCCCGAUACACUAUACCUGACUGUAAAUCUCAUUGAUAGAUUUCUAUCUGAGAAUUAUAUGACAAAGCAGAAGCUUCAACUUCUUGGUGUGACCUGCAUGCUCAUUGCCUCGAAAUACGAAGAAAUUUGUGCGCCUCGUGUGGAAGAUUUUUGCUUUAUAACAGACAACACCUACACGAAAGAAGAGGUGGUGAAAAUGGAAAGUUGUGUUCUGAACUUUUUGGGAUUUCAACUAUCUGUUCCCACCACAAAGAAGUUUCUUAGGUAUCUAGUGUAUCUGGACUUUGUCCCGUCUGUUGAGCUGGAAUUCUUGGCUAACUAUUUAGCAGAACUAACUGUAACGGACUACAGUUUCCUGAAAUACCUACCAUCCAUGAUUGCUGCCUCUGCUGUGCUUCUAGCCAAGUGGACUCUUGAUCAGUCUGAGCAUCCAUGGAAUCGAACACUGGAAUACUACACGAGGCAUAAGACGUCAGAGCUAAAAACGGUUGUUUUGGAACUGCAAAACUUACAGCUUAACCCGAGCGGUAACAUGUCGGGUGCCGUACGCCUCAAAUACAAACACUCCAGGUUCAAGUGCGUUUCAACUCUGCGUUCAUCACAAUCGGUUGAAUCGGUUUUCAUAGAAUAA